AGGCCUGGGGACGGGCCAGAACCUAUUCCCCGAGCCCUGAUUGGCUUUGGGAGGCGGCGUAGAGCCAGCUCCCUGCAGCCGGGGCUGGGGGCGUCGCCCCAAAUGGCACCCACCGCCCCCAGGCUCUGCCAAUCCCUGGGCACGCCCGGCGGACGCGCGGGGGGUUGCCCCCGCCCCUCCUGCCUGUUAGCGUCACGCGUGACGUUACGCGUGAUGGGUUGGGGGGGCGGAGGCAGGGGCGACGCGCCGAGAGAAAGGCGGGUCCGGGAGCUGCAGAGGCCAGAAGCCCAGGAGCUCAGCAAAGCAAAAUGGGGGAGUUGCCCUUAGAUAUCAAUAUCCAGGAACCUCGCUGGGACCAAAGCACUUUCCUGGGCAGAGCCCGGCACUUCUUCACCGUUACUGACCCCCGAAAUCUGCUGCUGUCUGGAGCACAGCUGGAAGCUUCCCGGAACAUCGUGCAGAACUACAGGGCCGGCGUGGUGACGCCAGGGCUCACUGAGGACCAGCUGUGGAGGGCCAAGUAUGUAUAUGAUUCUGCUUUCCAUCCGGACACGGGGGAGAAGGUGGUCCUGAUUGGCCGUAUGUCAGCCCAGGUGCCCAUGAACAUGACCAUCACUGGCUGCAUGCUCACCUUCUACAGGCAGACCCCGACCGUGGUGUUCUGGCAGUGGGUGAAUCAGUCCUUCAAUGCUGUUGUUAAUUACUCCAAUCGCAGUGGCGACGCUCCCAUCACUGUGGGGCAGCUGGGAACAGCUUAUGUGAGUGCCACCACUGGGGCCGUGGCCACAGCCCUGGGACUCAAAUCCCUCACCAAGCACCUGCCCCCCCUGGUGGGCAGAUUUGUCCCCUUUGCAGCUGUGGCAGCUGCCAACUGCAUCAACAUCCCCCUGAUGAGGCAGAGGGAACUGCAGGUGGGCAUCCCAGUGACUGAUGAGGAAGGUCAGAGACUUGGCCACUCAGUGGCCGCUGCCAAGCAGGGAAUCUUCCAGGUGGUGAUAUCGAGAAUCUGCAUGGCCAUUCCUGCCAUGGCCAUUCCCCCCGUGAUCAUGGACACUCUGGAGAAGAAAGACUUCCUAAAGCGUCGCCCCUGGCUGGGAGCGCCCCUGCAGGUGGGACUGGUGGGCUUCUGCCUGGUAUUUGCCACCCCCUUGUGCUGUGCACUCUUCCCCCAGAGAAGCUCCUUACAUGUGAGCAGGCUGGAGCCAGAGCUGAGAGCUCGGGUCCGUGAGCAAAACCCCAGCAUCGAAGUGGUUUACUACAACAAGGGGCUUUGAGGGAGGGUCAGCCCCUGGACCCCUCCCUCACCUCCUUGGGCUGCUGCUUUAGUGGAGCCUUGCUGUCCCUGCCAUUUGCCCCUCUUCCUGGUACUGGGGCGGAGGGGGGGGCUUGGUGGGGAAGCAGCCAUUGAGACCAGCAAUCCAUAGGCUGAGAGGUGCCCCCGUUAAGCCUUUUUCUCUCCUCUCUGGUUUCAAAGAGCAGGGCCACAUAAUCCCUUUCUCCUGUGCUCCUAUGUUUAUGUAUGUACACACAUGAUACGUGUGUAUGUGUGUGUGUACAUGCUGUCCUAGAAACUAGGAACGGACGUGCUGUCCUAGGAUGUCCUGAUAAUCUGGCUUCUCCUCUCGGCCUCUUGCCACCUGUCAGCCAGCCAGGCUACAGGACUUCCCUGCCUAAACAGUUCCACUGGCCAAGUCAUUUCUGACAGCACCUCGAGGGCCCCUUCUGGACACAGGAGUAGCCAGGAUCUCAGAACAGAGACUGAGGGAUACUAGCAGGCCAAACGGGCCCGACUCCUUCCGACUUUUGCUUCCUGGCUCCCAGGAACUGGGCUGGCAGAGAAAGACCUAUCAGGGUAAGGGAGACGGGGAGUUUGUGCACCCCCCACAUCCUGAAAGAGCUCAUUUCCUCUCCUCUCCUCUCCUCUGUCAGAACAAAGGGGUGGUAUCCUGUACAACUCUUGCCAUCCUCCCCUCGCCCCCACACUGCAGUGUGGACAUCUUUAGGUACAUUCUUAGGAGUUCUUGGUCUGCUCUGACAUCAUAGACUCAAAUCUACACCUAUAGUCCCAACCCAAACCAAAAAGCCAUGGAGGCAGAGCAAGCAUUCCCCCUUUAAGAGCUCCCAGCGCCCCCUCUUGCAGAGGGACACAGCCGUGGGAAUGGUGCUUAACCUCAGAUACCACAGGUAUCUGAGUGGAGACAACUAGCACACCCUCAAGGGCAACUAGGCCCUGAGUGUACAAUCUUAGGAAAUUCUGUCUUCUCUUGACUCUUGUUAGACAUUCAGCAGAACCCUGACCUUAGCUCCUCUUUUUUGAGGCUUGGCCCUGCUCCUACCUCCACUCCCACCCCCAUCUCCCACGAGGAAGAAGGGCCCAGGCAUCCAUAGCUGGUCCAAAGGGCAGGUAGGCUUGGGAAUGGAAGGUAUGGUGUUACGCUCACAGGAUGCAGAGCUUGACCUUGACUCCAACUCCCAUGAGCUCUAGCUGAAGCAGUGGGUGGUGCGGAGGAAGGCCCCAGUGGGAUCCUCUAAGAGCAUUUUUGUGCUCCCCCAACUAUCUGCUACCAGUGACUAAAACUAUGAUGCCAUUGUUACUCAAUAAACUAAAAACCGAUCUACUUCUUGAUCUUCACUUGAUUCUGUGUUCUGAGUGCUCAGGAAGAACCAGUCUUCUGCCUUCAGCCUUCCCUCCCCCACAAAAUCUAGGUUCUAGCUCUUCCCUCCCUUCUGUAUGGAACCUCAGGCCCCAGCAGAGGGCACUCUGAGAUUAGAAAAUCAGUCCUCCAUCAGCACCCAGAGUGCUAACUAAGGGGAUGUAGAUGCCUUCUAUUCCCUUUGCAGAUAGAGUCCUGGCUUCAUUUCGUUCUUGGCUAGGAAGGCUGAUCCCACCUACCUACCAGCUCAGGCUCUGGGCUUCUUGGUUCCCUUCAGGCAUUUGGCAUGGGUCGGUGGGCCUCUGGUUCCCAGGGAAGCCUCUGGAGAGAGGAAGGCUAGGGACUGUCCAGCUCCAUCAGAGAGAAGUUAGAGCACCAGCACACCCUCCAUACCCCUCCAUGCCCCCACCAGUACAGCACAGGAACAAGCCUGGCAGGGACCAUUUGCUAGUUAGCACCCCUUCCUGCCCCCCCAUCCCAGGAUCCUCCACUCCCCCCUUAUGUAACCCUUUUUUCCCCCCCUGGGAGAAAUGAGGCCAAAAGUUCAUGCCUCUGAACAGAUGGUGAGAGCUACUAUUAAACAGUUUAUAGUUAGUUGCCUCUCUUACCCCAAGUCUUGGCUUUGGAAGAUUCAAAAGAAUAAACAUGUAUGAAUCUAUGAUAAAAUCCAUUGCCUACUCCCUGCAGGACAUACCCCUCAUCUCCCCUUUUUCAGCUCCAAACUCUCACACUAGGUGGUGGGAGACAAUCUUUGGGACUGUAUGGUCCCACAACAACCUGAAGUGAACCUAGUACCUUGGCCUGGGCUCUCUCACUCCUCUUGGGAAAUGGAAGUUUCCUUGUAUGGGCAGUGGGGGUGAUACCAGCUACUGCUCAUUGAGCCGUACGUGUGGUGCUGGGCCAAGUGCUUUAAGCCCACCUUUUGAUCUUCACAACCCACUGGGGGACCAGACAUGUUAUGUCCAUUCUUAGCAAAAAACACAGGCUUGAAGACAUUUAAAAAGUUGCCCGUGGUUCCACAACUAGGAAGUGGUAGAACCAGGAUUCAAGUCGAGUCGCGUGACUCUGAAGCCACUGGGCUAAGCUUCUUCCUCACCUGCCAGCCACCAGCCAAACUUGAGAUCAUUCUCCUCGUCUCUCUGACGCUCCAGGGCCUCUCCUCCCUGGGCCCAGUUUGUUUAUAGGCCCACAAAACUGAUAGGCCCACAGGUGUACUCAGACCUUUUACUAAAGCCCGUGGAGUUUCCAAGCUUGAGAGUUUUACAGCUGAAGGAGCAUAAGCAAAGAUUUCUCUUCUUGAUUAAAGAUGGGGCAACAUGGGGCGCCUGGGUGGCUCAAAUCGGUUAAGCGUCUGGCUUCGGCUCAUGAUCUCCCGGCUCGUGAGACCAAGCUCUGGGUCGGGCUCUGUGCUGACAGCUGAGAGUGUGGAGCCGGCUUCAGAUUCUGUGUCUUCCUCUCUCUCUUCCCCACCCCCACUCACACUCUGUCUCUCUUCCAAAAAUAAACA